UAGAUAUUUUUUGUUAAACUUAUUUUAAGAUGAACACUGACUAAAACGCAAGUUUAUAACACUUGGAAAGCUAUUUUCUCAUCUCUUCUUCCUCGUUCCCUCAAUGCUGAGGAUCGCGACCACAUGCAACAUCUCUCCAUUGAUUGCGGUCGUAAGCCUAGUGGACCACACGGUGCAGGCUGCCGCCUAUACUAUGCUAUGCUAUGCUAGGCUGUGCUAUUUUCUUAUAGGUAAAGUGAUAAUUGUGAUAGAGUACAAUGGGUACGAGUAUUAUACUUUUUUUUCUUUCCUCUCUCAAUUAAUAACGCCGGUUAAACCUAUAUAAGCGAUUGAAACUCCAGUCUAAAAUUAAAUGCUAUGUUACUUAUUUCUGUUAGGUUUCACCCAACAAUAAAUUAUUUUUUUAGCCCAAUAACGAGAAAACGCGAAUAUUAGAUUAAAAGCUGAUUAUUACGUAAUUGACCUCGUUUUGUACCGACCUAAUUCCUGAUUUAAUACUUUUAUAACAUUCAAAGCGCGACAGGGGGCCGCCGGGCAAUUUAGGGUUAACCCAGGGGUGGGAUAAUAUGGAAAUGGAAGAUGUCUCGUUAUUUUUAUUAUAAUUCCAUUUGGAUACCUCCAUAGCGAUGGACGUGAAAACACGUGCUCUUGCUGAGAUUUAUAAAAGUCUAGAACUGUGCAACUAUUGCACCCGUAUGAUAGGGCUGUCGUUCGCAGACGCGGUGCCGAGUAGCGCGUGGGCGCGCGUGCGGAGCGGCGCGCUGUACACGGCGUCGGCGCUGGCUGUGCUGCUGCUGGUGGCGUGUGAGAUCACCUACGUCGCCGGCCUCGUCAUCAACACCACGUCUGUCGCGGAGUUCGUGUCGAGCUUGCAUAUUGUUGGAUACGGUACAAUGGGCUUAUGUAAACUUCUUACUCUGUGGUUCAAACGACAUACGUUUAGAAAAUUGCUGAUUGACUUGGCAGAUAUAUGGCCGGUAACCUGCGAAGAUGAGGAGGAGGAUAAAAUUAAGGAAGAAAGCUUAAGAGCACUUCGUUUGGGACAAUCUUGGUAUACAUUUUUCAACGUUUUUGGGGUCGUCAUGUAUAACAUAACGCCUAUAGGAGUUCAUCUUUACCGGAGAAUCCAAAAUCAACCUUCGGAUUUGGGUUAUGUGUGGCACGCGACAUAUCCCUUUGAUAAAACCAAGGAUAUUUAUCAUGAGUUUGUCUACGCGUUUGAAGUUUUUUCAGGUACAUCAAGCGUGUGGGGCAUGUUGAGCUCCGACAUGAUGUUCACGACGAUGGCGAGCCACAUCAGCAUGCUACUCCGCCUCCUGCAGGUGAAGGUGCGCCGCCUGGCCGCCGCCGCGGACGCUGCGCCCCACUCGCUUGAUUAUGUCGAUUGUUACGGCGACAUAGUGAAGCUUGUCAAAAUCCAUCAAAGGCUCAUUAGUUACAGAAAUGACUUGGAGGACACAUUCUCAUUUCUCAAUCUAAUUAACGUUCUGUUCAGUUCUGGUAACAUAUGCUGCGUCGUAUUUGUCAUCGUUCUUCUGGAGCCUUGGAUGGACAUGAGUAACAAAUUAUUUUUGGGAGCGGUGAUGACUCAAGUUGGGAUUCUUUGCUCUUACGCUGAUGACGUAUAUCGAGCAAGCGUGGGGGUGGCGGACGCGGUGUACGAGAGCGGCUGGUGGGCCGCCGACGGCCGCGCGCGUUUGGCACUUCUCGUCCUGAUGCAAAGAUCUCAAAGACCAUUAUAUUUCACUGCUCUGAAGUUUGGCCCGAUAACAAUGGCAACCUAUCGUUCCAUAAUAACGAACUCUUAUUCUUAUUUUACUCUUUUAUAUACGGUUUAUAGAAGUGACUAAUAUAACAUACCUAAUGCUGUAGGCAACAUCGCAACACUUUAAUUUCCCUUCUACCACUCGUUAGUGAAUGUAGAUCAUGCAGACAUUUAGAGUUAGAACUCAAUAUAAUAAAUACCUAGUUAAAAAGAGCUUUGUUUCACUUAUCUAAAAUUAUGUGCCUAAUUGUGACAG